UACGUGACGGCGACAGAUAACGUCGACAAUCGUCACAGUAGCUGUAACGAAAGAGUGGAUAGAAUUCUUUGCCCCCAAGUAAACGAAAAAGUUUCCACCAUUCCUCAUUCAACGCUUGGUAAUCACUUUUCGCAGCCUUACGACGACCCAAGGCAACGUUGGGAUCAAACCAACGAACCAUAUUCCGUCACCAUAGCGCACGACAGGAACUUAAAAGCAAGCACCAUUGAGGGAGGCAGUAGUACCGGUGACACCAGCAUCGGCGGCAGCGGUUUACACCUCGCAAUAACGGCUCAUAAAACUAAUACUGAGCGUUUUAACGACAAUUCGUGUAACCGAGGAGGAGGAGGCGGCGGCGUCAGCGUCAGCUGCGGUGGCCAAUCCCCGCCCACACCAACGGUUGGGAAGACACUGCUAAAUACAAGCCCUAAUCUUUUGCCCAUCACUACUGCUACGGAUACAUUUAACAAUUUAAAGAAUUUAGUAAAAAUCGAUAAGGGUUCAAGUCCAACAAACGGAAACACCAAUAGUGGUGGUGGUAGUUAUCGCCCGAAAGGGAAUAACAUUGGCGGUUAUAAGAAUAGUGGCAACCUUGGUCAUAACAUUGUUGUUUCACCAACAUCCGCAGAAGAACGCGGUUUAAUCUCCAACGGUAGCGGAUCAGCUGGUUCGGGUAUCAGUGUUGGAGGGCGUGCUGGAGCAGGUAACGCUUCGGGAUAUAUUGGUACAACAUUUAAUAGGAACUCCGCCAAAAUUCGUCAAUACGAUUCUGACGUAAGCCCACGGCCUCGACGAACUUACCAGGGUGACUCGUCGUCGUCGCGUUACUAUAGCAAAAAUAGUGACACUUUGGGACAGGGCCCCAAAUCAUCAAUUGGACCUGGCGGUAACGGCACUCUUGGUGGUGCUGGUAUCGGACGCGCUAUCAUAGGUAGCGAAGGUAAUAGCGGACGCGGCUCAUAUAACGCCGACGGAAGCAAUAAUAGACGUUAUAAUAACCAAGGUCCCAACGAUGGCGGCUACAACAGUGGUAAUCGUAAUUUAAGCAAUUCAAGUGGUGGCGGAGGCAAUAGCUAUCGUCAACAACAGAAUUCUCGGUACGAGAACGGAAAUGGGCAACAGCGGUCGUAUGGUGCCGCAUCAAACGCUGGUUAUAACAACAAUCAUUCAAAUAAAUCAGGAUACGGACCACGCAGUGGAUACAAUGAUGGAAAUGUAAACCCACGAUCGAAUCACCGCGACGAAUACGGCAGCGGCAGCGGCAGCGGUAAUAAUUAUCGUGACUACGACGAUACACCAAGAUCACGUUACAAUCAAGGAAACAGUAACACAAACAGUCUAGAACGCGGAAAUAACAGGCGUUAUAAGCCCACUGAGCCGGGCACCGGCAACGGUCACAUUCCAUCUGCUCUACGUCAAGGUGGCAUUUCAAUAGAGGAUCGUUACGAACGUUCAUCUGAAGGCGGCCGUGCCUAUAACAACCGCACUCCACCUGUACGAGGAGGAAAUGUAUCAGUAUCGACAGCAGCCACCGGAGCAGCAACAGGCGCACAUUCAUCUACACCUUCUUCCGUAAACUCAGCUUCUUCAUCGUCGCGUGGCAUUUCACCCAAUUCAGCUGGCGCUGCAGUUAGCACUCAGCGUCCUUCGCCAUCACCGACACCACCGCCACCAGCUGCGGGACGUUGGGUACCACCCUCUUUACGUCCACAACAUGGACUUACCCAGAGCGAGAAAAAUGAUGCUGUCUUCAGAAGGGUUCGAGGUAUACUAAAUAAAUUGACUCCUGAGAAAUUCCAAGAGCUUAGCGAUGAAUUAUUGAAGCUUGAUUUGAACUCAAUUCAGAUAUUGAAUGGCGUGAUUUUGCUAAUUUUCGAUAAAGCUUUAGAUGAGCCGAAAUAUUCGUCUAUGUACGCACAGUUGUGCAAACGUUUAUCACAAGAAGCGCCAUCUUUCGAAAAGGAUCCAAAUAGUUCUUGUACAUUUUUGCGUCUAUUAAUUGCUGUUUGUCGUGAUAAGUUCAAUAAUCGUCUAAAACGUGAUAACGCCGACGGCGAUAACAAUAACCAAUUCAAUAAAGUACAUCGACCUGAGUCACAAAUAAAUCUUAGUGAAAAUGACACCGAUGAAGAGGAGCGUCGUCACUUGGCCAAGCAGCGUAUGCUGGGUAAUGUCAAAUUCAUUGGCGAACUCCACAAAUUGGACAUGUUAUCAAAGAAUGUACUGCAUCAGUGCAUUAUGGAAUUGUUGGAUAAGAAGAAAAAACGUUCUGCCUCGCAACAAGAAAUGUGCGAGGACAUGGAGUGCUUGGCUCAGUUGCUCAAAACUUGCGGGAAGGUCUUGGAUUCAGAACAGGGCAAAGAGCUGAUGAAUCAAUAUUUCGAUACUUUGGAACGCCGAUCAAAAUCGACUGACUAUCCACCAAGGAUACGUUUCAUGUUGAAAGACGUAAUUGAACUGCGCGAGAAUAACUGGAUACCCCGUAAAGUGGCGACCACUGAGGGACCCGUGCCUAUCAAACAGAUCCGCACCGAUGACGAUACAAUUAUACGUACACCGUUCGCACAAAGGAAUCGCGAUAUGCGCAAUAAUGACCGCGAUGGUGAUAAUUGGAUGAAUCGCUUCCAUAUUAAUCUUCAGCCAGGAUUCAAUGAUAUGUUUAGUAGUUUGAGUGUUACAGGUGCUUCGCCAAUUGUUUCACCGUUCGUUAACAGUAAUAAUCCGAAUCGACCCUAUAAUGGACGUGACCGCAAUCAGGGUGGUCGUGAUGGUAACUAUAAUAACCGUUACAAUAAACACAACCAAAAUGGUGGCAACGGUGGAAAUCGUGAAGAUGGACGAGGUGGUGGCCGUAAUGCUCAUAUGGGACGUGAUGGUGAAUCCUCGGGUUCAUCGCAAUACGGCAGCGGUGGUGGUAAUCCAUUGCUAAAUAGCAAAGAAUUGGCACCACGCUUCAAACGCAAUCUAAUAUCGACAAAUCAAGAUCCAGUCGAAAAUUUACAAAUGCGUCCUGCAGCCAACUCGCUUCUCUUCAAAGCGGCUUCACAAAACAAUAAACUGCCAACAAUGCUGCCGAUGUCUACACCACCAGCAAGUGGUAGCAUUGGUUUCGGCAAUGCUAGCUCCAAUCGCAGUGCUGGUCAGGGUAAAGAUCAAUUGUCAAACACACAAUAUCCAUUACUGGGCACACCAACAUCUCAUUUAGUUAAUCCUGCUCGCCCCUCAUCAACACCAUCGGCUGAAUACGAUAACGAGAAGAUUGCGCAGUCGACUAAUUUAGGUUUAAGCUCAGAUAGAGGAUUAAAACCUAUUUCUUCUUCUCCUAAUUUCGGUGCAGUUAACGUCACGAGCGCAGAAAAGGCAAGAGCCAAUGAUGGAAGUAACAGCACAGAUUAUCCAAGUAUCGAUGAUACUGUGGAGAAGAAACGCAGUGCAACGCCCGUAGAUCCACAACAAUUGAUCACGAAGCAAGGUUCUGUAGAGAAAGCAGCUGGUGCAGGUUCGAACAAACAGAAAAAAGAUAAGGCUUUCAACAAAGAGGAAAUAUUAAAGAAGACUACUGCUUAUGUUAAGGAUAAAUUCUUCUAUGAAUCUGAGGAUGAAGAUACAACAAUUACUGAAAUUCAGAAUACCAGCGAGGAUGAAAAUAAUGACAGCGGUGUGGCCAGCUCCGGUGCUAACGAUAGUGGUCAUGGCAAACAAUUCGCUACUUUAGUCGAUGGUUUCUUGGAUUUAAAAGUGCCUGAGAAAUGUAUGAAAGAUGUCUGCAUAAAUAUCAUAAUGGAUGUAUUGGAAAAGGCUGAAGACCGGUACUUGGAUCGUAUUGUUACGUUCCUACAAGCCGUACGCAAGCAAUGCAACAUUAAACCCAACAUCAUUCUAGAAGUGUUCAAACAAGUUAUUAACAAAAUGAAUGAACGCGAAGCAUUAAAUCCACGCAUAGCCACACAUGUUGCUGGACUUUUAAGCCGCGCGGUUAGCGAUGGAAGUCUGUUGAAAUUGAGCGAUAUUGCCAGUUACACAGAUAACGGUCAACAUUAUCCACUCUUCCUGCUUGUGCUGCAACAACUACACAAAUCCAUUGGCAAGGAAGCAUUAGCUGAGAAAUUCCGUGCCGGUAAAAUUGAUUUAAUGAACAGUCUGCCAGAAGUGGAUCGCAAUAAGACACGUUUAGCUGAAAUUUUGGAUGAUCGCAAUUUGGCCUUCCUCUAUCCACUGCUCAAAGUACAGGCAGAGAUGCUUAAACAAUUGACAACUGAUCCGAAUCCCGCAGCAUUCUAUAAGUGGAUCAAAAGCAAUGUCGAUGCCAAAUUUUAUAAAGAUACUGGCUUCAUAAAUGCACUCAUGACCGUGUUGGUGAAAUACAUAACACAAGAAACCACAUUAGCGGAAGGUACCGAUACAAAGAAACAUCCAGAUCGUGCCACUAUUGACAAGGAAGAAGCGCUGCUACUCAAAUAUUGCCAAAUUCUGCGGACAUUCCUUGGCGGUAGCAACGAAUUACAAUUGAUCGCAAUCUAUGCAUUACAAGUUUUUUGCCACAAUGAAAACUUCCCUAAAGGUAUGCUCUGCCGCUGGUUCAAAUAUCUCUAUGAAGCGGAAGUAAUCGAAGAGGAAACCUUUAUUUUAUGGAAGGAGGAAAUUUCGGACAAAUAUCCUGGUAAAGGAACUGCACUAUUCCAAGUUAACAACUGGCUGACUUGGUUGCAAGAGGCCGAGUCUGAGGAUGACGAUGACUGAAUUUAGCAAAUCCAUAUAUGCAAUAUGCGAAAAAGAAAAUAUAUUUAAACCCUAAUUAAUAGCCUAUUAAACUGAUAGAUAAAAACCCAUAUAACACUGAAAGAAAUGCAUAUGGAUAUGAAAUGAAAAAGCGUUGAAAUGUUCUUUAGCACAUUCUGAUAAUCAACACAAUUCCAAAUUAAAAUUGAAAAAAAAAAAAAAAAAUUUGAAAAGAAUGCUCCAGAAAGGCAAAAUAUAUCACAUGCACGCUACUUUCAAAAUAAUUAUAAUAAAAAAAAUAUAUAAAAAAAAAAUAAAAAAAAUAUUUAUAUUUGCAAAACAUCAACAAAAAAAAAUUAAUAAAAUUUUUCAAAACGACAUAAGAACAGACUUCAAAAACUGGGGACGAUUGCAAACAAACAAAAAAAAUAAAUCAUAAUUUUCAACGUAAAUUUAAUAUACUUGUACUAGUACUCCAGUUUUACUUUCUUCUCUCGAUCCUGCAAUAAAAAUGCAUUAUAUGCAAAAAAAAAUAAAUAAAUAAAUAACAAACAA